UCAAUAUUCUGAGUGAAUGAAAAUAGAGGGUACUUAACAAAAACAACAACGACAACAACAACAACAGCAACAGCAACAAAAACAACUAUGAUUUACGUCAUGCAGACAGAUCAAAGGGGGAUUCCCCCAUGAUGUCCCCUAUGAGCAUGCAUGAUGAGCGCUGCGUGCACGGACUUUGCACUAGGAAGCUAUCGUAUGUAGGUCUGUACUGUAUACACGUACAGUACAGUGCAGUACAGUGGCCAUGGUAUGCUGAGGGUGCCGUACCACAAGGAUACGGGUGAUCUACUAUGAAUUACAGCGUGAAAGUCUACUAUAGUACUACAAAUAAGUAUUCUAUCAUUGACACAAUUGCAGUUGAACUCAACUAAUUGUACACCUUCCAAUACUCAUUCUCUUGCAAUUUUAAAGGGAUCUUAAUCCGAAUGGAUCGGACUCUAAAACACAACGAUCUGAUCAACAUUUGUAAGUUGAUCCCCGAUGGUACUUUAUCCAAACUGGGAGUGUUUCUGGAAUUCAAUCAUUUCGAAAUUGAGACUUUUCGGAAGGAAAAUGAGCAAGAUUCAUUUAAUAUGAACGGAACCUUCCAAAUGUUGAGAUCUUGGACUGACAAAGAUGGAUCGAUAGAGAGGUUGAAAGAAGCUUUGACUAAAACUGGUUUGGGGAGUGUCUGUGAUCAGAUUCUGGCAGGUAAAACAGGACAACUGAAGGAAAACAAACAAGGACCAAGUGCGUCUGCUGAAACAAAACUGUUUACGGCUGAUACAAAACGACACCUGCCAGCUCAAGAUCUCCCGCCAGCUCAGCCCGUCCAGCCUGCUCAGCCCGCUCAGCCUGCCCAGCCCGGCGACGACAGGGGCAUCGACGACGAAACCCUCAGAAAACUCGGCAAACGCCUCUUUACCGGCGUGGACGAACUCUCAAGCGCUCUGGGCGUUCAGUAUGCGGAUCUCAAGAAAUACAAAGCAAUGAACUACGUAACAGGAGAAGUGACCGCGGCCGGUACCAUUGAGAUGCUCUUUAACUGGAGGGAAAAGAUAGAGCCAUCCGAGCAAAGAGCAAAACUUGGACAAGCUUUGCAGAAAGCACGACUCAUUCGGGUCAAGGAGGAAUAUCAUUUAUAACGACCAAAGUGAACUUCAAAUGGAGUCAAUGGACCAGUGCCCUUUUUACUGCCUUGACUUUGUGUGCAAAGAUUAAGUGACAAAAUAUGCAAACGAGAUGCGGUAUAUCUUAAAUGUUUUACACUUGAUUGCAAAGAGUUUCGAGGAAUCUACUCAAAUGAAAUAUCAGUACCCUUUUGUAUAUACAUAUCAAUGAUGUUUAGGUUGAUUACAUAAGAAGCCAUUGUGCUGUUAGCAGGUUUCAAAAAGUGAUGGACAAGUCUAUUGAACUUGCCCAAGGUACAUUUCUCUUAAAGUAAUUUUGCAUUCAUGUUAUCUAAGUUGGGACAAGUGACAAAGUAUUCUUUGAGUCUUGGACCCAAUGGGCCAUUGUUUAUAAAUGAAGUAAAAUAUCAGAGUAACACCUGCUGUAAAAUAACUUGGAAGUGUAGAAUUGGGAAAUUGUCCUACCUAGAAACAACUAAUGUAUGUAAUUUUAAUUCUGACUCUUGAGAUACAUUUAUUUGUUACGGAUGAAUGAAAUCUUUCGUAUUGAGGCGCUUCACAAAGGCAUAUGCAUAAAUUUGGUUACAUAACGAAAAAGGCCUCUUCACUCACUACUUUGGACUGGAUUUCACUCUAUGUGGUGUGGUCUCAACUCCAAAGGAAGUGAUCCCUAUUAUGGCUGGUAGAAAAGUGAAUUCCUUUACUGUGCAUCAUUAGGAAUUAAUAUUAUGUA